CUAUUUGGUCUCUUUGCCAGCCUGUUUUUCCUGGGCCAGGCUUUCACUAUCAUGCUGGUGUAUGUGUGGAGUCGCAGGAACCCUUACAUCCGCAUGAACUUCUUUGGGCUCCUUAACUUCCAGGCCCCUUUCUUGCCCUGGGUCCUGAUGGGCUUCUCCCUGCUCCUGGGCAACUCCAUCAUUAUUGAUUUGCUGGGGAUUGCAGUGGGUCAUAUCUAUUAUUUCUUGGAAGAUGUCUUCCCCAACCAGCCUGGAGGAAAGAAGUUGCUUUUGACUCCCAGCUUCCUGUAAGUAAAGCAGAUUUUAAUUCUUGGGUUUACCAUGUUGCUUCCCAACGUGUGUUUCUUCCAUAGCAAACUGGUCUGUGGCUCUGUGGGGUAACCAGCUUUGGCUGUUAGUCUUGCUGCAGCUUCUGCUACAUUGUGUUAAGCCGCACAGGACCCACCUGUGUGGUUAUAGCAUCUGUGCUCACCAGUUGAAGGCUUUGCUGCAGAAGGCACUGGCACUUAGCACACUGUGUGU